AAAACCACCUCUCGCGCUAUCGGGGCAGUUCUCGAGUAUCCCCUUCAGUGCCUUGUAAACUGAUAAAGCGUGGUUCGCCGCACCGUCCCUUACACACUUCCAACAACGGCGAAGCAAACCGACACUUUGUGUGUGCUUUUAUCGCCCAGUCGAAAUGGAUACUGUCAUUACGUGCGAGGAGGUGAAGCCUGGGUCAACCGCCAUGCUCAAGCCGGGAGAGUCUCAAAAGGUCAUUCACCUUGUCCGUCAUGGACAAGCUACUCACAACCUUUUCGCGGCAAUGAAGCAUACCGAAGGCACGCCGUGCAAAUGCGCUCUGAAGCAGAAGGGUUGUCCUUACAUAAAUGAGGAGCACACUGACGCAAGGUUAACUCAGAGAGGACGUCUGCAGGCUGUAGCUGCAGGUUCGCGUCUCCUGCAAACUUUCCCUGUACCGCAGUGCGCCUUCGUAUCCCCGCUGUCCCGCACAUUGCAAACCGCCACCAUCGCUCUUUCUAAGGCGAGCGCACUCUCUAUUUCUCUUAUCGCUGAAGAGUCAUUGCGUGAACGAAAUGGUGUCCACGUCUGCGACAAGCGAUCCCCGAAAGAAGAUGUUAUGGACCUUUACCCGAGCGUGGACUUCGGAACCAUCGCUCCAGGGCCAGACGCAUUGUUUAGCGAAAUCAGAGAAACUGAAGAGGAGCUCGCUGCGAGGGGGAAGAAAUUCUUCUUGAGCCUGGCGGGCAGGCCAGAAAGUAGUUUCGCCGUUUUUACGCAUAGCUCCUUCUUGUUCAACACCCUCUCGCGUGGCUUUCAAACUCCAGACCCAUCAGCUGCGCGUCGAUUUCAAACCGGUGAGAGUCGCGUAGUUAUCUUGACCUACACUUGA